CUCUGACUCCCUGGAAAUAGCAACCUCUUUCACAAGUAGAUUUUAAUCACGAGACAGUAUGAGCUUCAGCAUCCGUGGUCGACAGGCAGUUAUCAGGUACCAGCAAGUCACGGACUCGAAAGGAAUCAGCGAGCGGACCCAAGUAAGCUGGAUUUACAGAUCUGUCGAUGGGAUGUUGAAAUGGGGCUCUUAAGUAAAUGAAAGACAGUGAAGAGGAUCAGCAGUGUGAAUCAACAAAGGCAACUACAGAGGAGGCGCAUGGAGUUCACGGACAAAAGUUGAAGGUAUCCUCUGGUUGAUAAACUAGACUGGGGUGAUCCCCACGUUACUUUAGCUCAUGUUUGAGGAUGAGCUCUUGGAAGCAAUGUCUUUUUGUCUUAUCUGUUACAGUUGCGCUAAUUUUUGUGCUAGUGUACAAUAACCAGUUACAGAAGAAAAAAAGAUUUCAGAAACUAAUUGUGUCAAAUAUUUCUGUCUUAGCUGAAGUCUGUAAUCAAGUUCUAGAAGGAAAGACAUUUUUUUUAGAGGAGAGUGCAAUAAAAACUUUCUUCAGUGAACCAACUUGUAAUGAAUAUCUGGUUCAGGGUCACUAUAUAACCAAGCCUCUGUCUGAGGAAGAAGCUGCAUUUCCUUUGGCUUACAUGAUGGCUAUCCAUAAGGACUUUGAGACAUUUGAGAGACUCUUCAGGGCCAUUUAUAUGCCCCAGAAUGUGUACUGCAUUCACGUGGAUGAGAAGGCCACAGUUAAAUUUAAAGCUGCUGUGGAGAGAUUACUGGACUGUUUCCCCAAUGCUUUCCUGGCCUCUAAAUUGGAGCCGGUUGUCUAUGCCGGAAUAUCCCGGCUGCAGGCCGAUUUGAACUGCAUGAGGGACCUCGUGGCCUCAGAGACGCAGUGGAAGUACCUCAUCAACACCUGUGGGCAAGAUUUCCCCCUGAAGACCAACAGGGAGAUCAUUCAACACCUGAAAGGAUUUAAAGGCAAGAACAUCACCCCGGGAGUGCUACCUCCUGCCCAUGCUGUGGGAAGGACUAAAUACAUUCACAGGGAACACCUGGGCAGGGAGAGCUCCUAUGUGAUAAAUACGCAAGCCCUGAAGCCCUCUCCCCCUCAUAACUUGACCAUUUACUUCGGUUCUGCCUAUGUGGCUCUCACGAGGGAGUUUACUAACUUUGUUCUUCAAGACCCCCGGGCUGCCGACUUGCUUGUCUGGUCCAAAGACACCUACAGCCCAGAUGAGCAUUUCUGGGUGACCCUUAACAGGAUUCCAGGUAUGUGUGGUUCCAUGUUUGAUUCUUGGAAAUAA